AUGGGAAAACGACACGCAUCAAUUUUAGCUUUUAGUCAGGUAUACACAAAAACUUGCAUAAAAUUUAUGAAAUUGGAAAUAAGUAAAUCCAAUAGUCAUAGAGUGGAUAGUUUUGAUCGGGGAAACCAUAAUUUCAUGGUUCACGAGACAAUAGUUCCAAGGGAAGGGCGACCAAUUGGUCACUUCAGUGUAAACCUUCCUAACAAGUGGUGUGAUUGUGGAAAAUAUCAAGCUAAACAUAUGCCUUGUUCACAUGUCAUAGCAACAUGUUCUAACAUAAAAUAUGAUUAUUGGAGUCUUAUAUCUGAUGUGUACAAGGAGGAAACGGUAUUAAAAGUCUACGACGAAGCCUUCCCACCCAUACCAAACAAAGGAUAUUGGCCACAAUAUGAAGGUAUUAAGUUAUGUCACAAUCCACUAAUGCAGAGAGUCAAGAAAGGUCGGCCAAAGAGCAAACACAUUAGAACAGAAAUGAAUACUACAUAA